AUGGCGCCGCUCUCGCUGAAGAUCAUUCAGGACGAGGGUGCGGUGACGAGGACGCUGUUAUUCGAUACCAGCAUGAGGGUUGAUAAGGCCCUUGACAUUGUCAAGGAGAAGCUGGUUGGUGCUGACGAUGCGAAAGAUUAUGGUCUCUUCCUGACGUCAGCUGACGACGACCGCUCAGGAGUGUGGCUAGAGAGCCACCGCAAUUUGGAGUACUAUAUGCUGCGCGAUGGUGACUGCCUUUUCUACCUCAACCGCGCUCGCAACCUGCGUGUCCGAAUGCUUGACGGUUCCGUGAAGACUCUGCUAGUGGAUGAGUCGAAGAACAUCGGUGAUCUGAUGCUACAUAUCUGCAGCAAGAUCGGGAUCACCAACCACGAUGAGUAUGGUUUGUGCCAUGAAGAAACGCCGGAAACGGAGGAUCAGGGUAAGGACAGGCCCACUACUGGCACCCUGACGGGCAAGAGGAAGGCCCCGCAGCGGGAGAAGGACCACAGGAUGGAGCAACUCAGCAAGAAAUUGAAGACUGAUGACAAUGUGGCUUGGCUAGACCAACACAAGACCCUCCGCGAAAUGGGCAUCGAGCCUAAUGAGACGUUGCUACUCAAGCGAAAGCUGUUCUAUUCCGAUCGCAACAUAGAUUCUAGAGAUCCUGUGCAGUUGAAUCUUCUCUAUGUGCAAACAAGAAACGCCAUAUUGGAGGGACGGCACCCUGUUACUGAAGAUCGAGCUAUGGAGUUUGCCGCCAUACAAUGCCAAAUCCACUUUGGCGACUUUCACGAGGAAAAGCAUAAGCCGGGUCUCAUUGAAAAUCUCAAUGAAUACCUGCCGGUCCAGUAUUCUGGAGUGUGGAACGCAGAGAAGAAGAUCCUUAAGCUGUUCAAGAAUCACCACGGCCUGAGCCCACUGGAUGCCAAGUACCUCUACAUCAAGACCGCUAGGGAUUUGCCUACCUAUGGUGUCACCUUCUUCCUUGUAAAGGAGCAACAGAAAAACAAAAAGAAACUAGUCCCUCGUCUUCUUGGCAUCAACUCGCAGUCGAUCCUUCGUCUCGAUGAAGGCACCAAAGAGAUUCUCCAAGUGUGGCCAUUGACGCAUAUUAAGUCGUAUCACGCCGGGAAAAAUGAAACGUUUAUGCUCAAUUUUGGGGAUUAUAGCGACAAAGAGUACUGUGUGAAGACCAACGAGGCUUACCGCAUACGUGACAUCCUGGAGAGCUACAUCGACCUCAUCCGGAAGCGCAUGGCCGCGCCGAUGGACUCGCGGUACGCCGAGAGCGCUGCCAUUGGAGAAGACAAUGUCCAAUUCUCAAAGUUAGUAAACCAAAUUUAA